GUGUAUACACACACACACACACACACACACACACGCACACACAUUUCGUCUGUGCUCACGUUCCCCUGUGAGUGCCGGCCUCCCGACUUUCAAAGUCUGGAUCUGCAAUCGUCGACUCAAGUGCUUCUCCGUGGUCUCUGACCUGUGCGCCUCUCAUGGAGAACGGAACUGGACAAUCACUAACUGCGGACAUGGUUGAAGACCCCUUUUCUUACAUCUGGGACGUUUUCGGGAACGUGACGUACCGCCCAAGCGAUGUGGACAGCGAAAGUGUCAAACUCUGCACCAAGGUGAAUGUCAAUGAUUUUGGCUCAAAAUUCAACCCAGCUUUCUACUAUGUCAAUUUCCUCCUGAGUUACCUUGGUAACGGCCUCGUCCUGUACAUCAUUUACAAGUACGAGAAGCUCAACACGGUGACAAACAUUUUCUUGCUCAAUCUGGUCCUCUCCAACAUCCUCUUUGCCACCAGUCUCCCGUUUUGGGCAACGUAUCAUCUGUCUCAGUGGAUUUUUGGGAACGUUUUGUGUAAGUUGGUCAGCAGCGCCUACUUCAUCGGUUUCUACAGCUCCAUCCUUUUCCUCACGCUCAUGACCUUCGACCGAUACUUGGCAGUGGUGCACGCGGUGGCAGCUGCGAAGAGCAGAAAGAGGAGCUACGCUAUCAUUUCCUCCGUGGUGGUUUGGUGCAUCAGCAUCAUCGCCAGUAUGAAAGAGCUGGUUUUCCAGAAUGUCUGGAAGAGUCCCUUCAAUGGGCUGGUGUGUGAGGAGUCGGGAUACUCUGAAGCCACCAUGGCAUUCUGGCGUCUGGUCACUUACUAUCAACAGUUUCUGGUCUUCUUCCUCCUGCCUCUGCUCAUGGUGAUCUACUGCUACGUCUGCAUCACCGUCCGCGUGCUGUCCACUCGCAUGAAGGAGAAAUGUCGCGCCGUCAAGCUCAUAUUCGUCAUCAUCUUUACCUUCUUUGUCUGUUGGACCCCUUACAACGUGGUCAUCCUCCUCAAAGCCAUACAGAGCUCUGGUCCGGAUGUGGAGUGCGCCGAGUCAGACAAGCUGGACUACGCUGUGUUUGUGACCCGCAAUGUGGCCUACAUCUACUGUUGCAUCAGCCCAGUGUUUUACACGUUUGUGGGUAAAAAGUUCCAGAGCCACUUUAAGAGGCUGCUCGUUAAGAAAAUCCCAUGUCUGAGGAGACACAUAAGUCUCAGCAGCCAGAGCACGCGGACCACAUCGCAGAAGACGCCGCAUUCUGAUUACGAGUACUAGGUGAACCCGCACAAGUGCAUGCCGGAA